AGGUGGUGGCUGAGGUGAUCCAUUCGUUAGGAGGCUCCUGAGGCUGUGAAAAGCAGGUGGGGACUGAGGUUUCUAAGAAGCCAACGGCAUCUGCCUUGAAGACCUCUGGCUUUGGGAGCAAGAUGGGCAAAUGGUGCUGCCGCUGCUUCCCCUGUUACGGGAGGAGCAGCGAGGACGGCGUGGGCUGUGGAGCCGAGCACAAUGACGGCGCCUUCCUGGAGCCUGGGUAUGACGUCUGCCUGGAAGAUCUUGGCGAUCUCCACAGAGCUGCCUGGAGGGGCACAGUUCCCAGAGUGGAGCUCAUUCUCAUGCUCAGGAACCCUGGCUUGGACAAGAGAGACAAGAAGAAGAGGACUGCUCUACAUUUGGCCUGUGCCAAAGGCCAUUCAGAAGUGGUAAAACUCCUGCUGCACAGAAGCUGUCAACUUCAUGUCUUGGAUGGGGAAAAGAGGACAGCUCUCAUAAAGGCUGUCCAAUGUCAGAAAGAGGAAUGUGCAACUAUUUUGCUAGAACAUGGCACUGAUCCAAAUAUCCCAGAUGUCUAUGGCAAUACUACUCUACAUUAUGCCAUCUAUAAUGAGGAUAAAUCAAUGACAGAAAAACUACUUUCAUACGGUGCAAAUAUUGAAUCAGAAAACAAGGGUGGACUUACACCAUUUUUACUUGCGGUACAUGAACAAAAACAGCAAAUGGUGGAAUUUUUAGUAAAGAAGAAAGCAAAUUUAAAUGCUGUUGACAACUUUAAAAGAACAGCCCUCAUACUUGCUGUACGUUGUGGAUCAGAAAUUAUGGUCAGCAUUCUUCUUCAGCUAAAUAUUGAUGUCUUUUCUCAAGAUAUGUGUGGACGGACAGCAGAAGAUUAUGCUGUUUCUAGUCAUUAUAUUAAAAUUUGCCAACAACUUUCUGACUACAAGGAAAAAAAUGUACCAAGAAACAAUUCUAAAAAUAGCAAUCUAGAAGGAACAUCUAAUGAGAUUGUGUGCUUGGCAGAAGGAACAUCUAAUGAAGUUGUGGCAGAAGGAGCAGCAAGUGCAAAAGUGGAUGGGCGUUCUGAAGACUCUGCUAUCAGGUUUCAGGACAGGUCUCAUUUAGCUAUAGCCACAGGACCAUGGGUUUUACAUAAGCAAGACCAGGCAAGUCCUGAAGAGGAAUUAUUUUCUUGUUUUCUGGCAAACAAACUAUUGAUGAUAUAUUGCCUACAUCAGAUAAUGAAGACAUUGAUUCUGAUAUCAAGAUACAACACCCACGUCAGAAUCCGGACAAGACAGAGAUAUAGAAUCACUUUUGGAUUCUGAGGAUGGAGCAGCUAAGCCAGCAAAUGGAAAAAGACAAAGUGAUGCACUGUCCUCAUCAGAAUCAGGACAAGAGGGCAAUAUAGAAUCACUUUUGGAUUCUGAGAGUAUCUCUGAGAAUCUUUCACAGAAGUAUGUUGGUGAAUUUUCUGGGGCUGCAGAACAGAAAGGAAAAAUUAUACUAAAUGAACAGCUAAGAGCCCAUGCAGCCUACCAUUGAAAUGAA